AUGCGUAUUGACAAUGACGGCGGUGAGCAACAGGAAUUAGCUGGUGAAGGCCGCAUGUGUCUUCCUCCCAUGCUUUUACAUCCCGUCAAGGAUGUACAGAUGGUGAUUGACGAUGGCGAACAUGCAGAGGAUCGGUGA